GGCGGCCAGAGCCCAGUACAGCCUCCCGGGAAUCCUGCACUUCCUGCAGCAUGAAUGGGCCCGCUUCGAGGUGGAGCGAGCCCAGUGGGAAGUGGAACGGGCGGAGCUGCAGGCCCAGAUUGCCUUCCUUCAGGGGGAAAGGAAAGGUCAAGAAAAUUUGAAGAAGGAUCUUGUGAGGAGGAUCAAAAUGUUGGAGUAUGCUCUUAAACAGGAAAGAUGAAGGUAAUGAAACAGAGGUGCAGCCACAACAAAAUAGUCAGUUAAUGUGGAAACAAGGUCGACAGCUACUCAGACAGUAUCUGCAGGAGGUGGGUUACACAGAUACUAUUCUAGAUGUGAAAUCUAAACGAGUGCGAGCUUUGUUGGGCUUUUCAAGUGAUGUCACUGACAGAGAAGAUGACAAAAAUCAAGACUCAGUUAUAAAUGGCACAGAGGGUGAAGUUAAAGACACAGCAAUGAUUGGAAAAUCCGAGUUAACAGAUUCUGCCUCUGUGCUGGAUAAUUUCAAAUUCCUUGAAAGUGCAGCUGCAGAUUUCAGUGAUGAAGACGAAGACGAUGACAUUGAUGGAAGAGAGAAAAGCAUCAUUGAUACUUCAACGAUUGUUAGGAAAAAAGCAUUGCACGAUAGCAGUGAAGAUCGAGAUACGAAAGAAGCUCUAAAGGAGUUUGACUUCUUGGGUACAUCAGAGGAAGGAGACAAUGAAUCUAGAAGUGCAGGCGAUGGAACAGACUGGGAAAAGGAAGACCAGUGUCUCAUGCCUGAAGCUUGGAAUGUGGACCAGGGAGUAAUUACCAAACUCAAGGAGCAAUACAAAAAGGAGAGAAAGGGGAAAAAGGGGGUGAAGAGAAAAACUACCGAAGAUCUGUUUCAGCCUCUAUCCUAUAUAAAACAGUCAAAACAGGGAUAUGGGAGAAUGAAGAAUCAAAUUUCAGGACCCAAUAGGUCAAAACUACAAGAUAUGCUUGCUAAUUUGAGAGACGUUGAUGAACUUCCUUCAUUGCAGCCAUCUGUGGGUUCACCUUCCAGACCAAGCAGCUCUAGGCUUCCUGAGCACGAAAUAAAUAGAGCAGAUGAAGUGGAAGCACUGACAUUUCCUCCAUCUUCUGGGAAGUCAUUCAUCAUGGGAACAGAUGAAGCCCUCGAAAGUGAACUGGGACUUGGAGAGUUGGCAGGCCUUACAGUGGCCAAUGAAGCAGAUUCACUCACUUACGAUAUAGCAAACAAUAAAGAUGCAUUGAGGAAGACGUGGAACCCUAAGUUUACACUAAGAAGUCACUUUGAUGGCAUUCGAGCCCUUGCUUUCCACCCCAUUGAGCCUGUUUUGAUAACAGCAUCAGAGGAUCACACAUUAAAAAUGUGGAAUUUGCAGAAAACAGCCCCAGCCAAAAAGAGUACAUCUCUCGAUGUGGAGCCUAUCUAUACAUUCAGGGCUCAUAAAGGUCCAGUGCUCUGUGUGGUAAUGAGCAGCAACGGCGAGCAGUGUUACAGUGGUGGCUCUGACGGACUGAUCCAGGGCUGGAACACCACCAACCCCAACAUCGAUCCCUACGACUCCUAUGAUCCUUCUGUUUUAAGAGGCCCUCUGCUAGGACACACCGAUGCAGUCUGGGGUUUGGCUUAUAGUGCAGCACAUCAGCGUUUGUUGUCCUGUUCAGCAGAUGGCACUCUCCGUUUAUGGAAUGCAACUGAGGUUGCUCCAGCCCUCAGCGUAUUUAAUGAUAAUCAAGAAUUGGGAAUUCCUGCCUCUGUGGAUCUAGUAAGCAGCGACCCGAGCCAUAUGGUAGCAUCAUUCAGCAAAGGAUAUACAAGCAUCUUUAACAUGGAAACACAGCAACGCAUUCUCACUUUAGAAUCCAAUCUAGAUGCAACAGCCAGUUCUUCCUGCCAAAUAAAUAGAGUCAUCAGUCAUCCCACUCUUCCUAUAAGCAUCACUGCUCAUGAAGACAGGCACAUCAAAUUCUAUGAUAACAAUACAGGCAAACUGAUCCACUCGAUGGUAGCCCACCUAGAAGCUGUUACAAGUUUAGCAGUUGAUCCUAAUGGCCUGUACUUGAUGUCUGGCAGUCAUGACUGUUCAAUACGUUUAUGGAACCUAGAAAGUAAGACAUGUAUCCAGGAGUUCACAGCUCAUCGGAAAAAGUUUGAAGAAUCAAUUCAUGAUGUAGCUUUCCACCCAUCCAAAUGCUAUAUAGCCAGUGCUGGGGCUGAUGCACUUGCUAAAGUCUUUGUAUGACGGAAUGUGUCAUCUUCACCUUCUAGCUCUUUAUAAAUAAUCACCUGCACAAAAGAGAUACAGAAGACCAGGGCAAGAAACAACCCAUUCUGCCCUUUCAUUCUGCUGAAGGAGCACAGAGAACAUUUGUUAAAGUAUAGUUUUGCAAUUCGUAUACUGUUUUCUAAAACUAAAGUUUGUUCAGGUUGCUGCAAGCUCAGCUGAAUCUAUGAGCCUGAAAACUGAUUCAGAUUUCCCCCCAAAUAUAGGAACUUUUAUUUCUGAGGUGGUUCUAAUUCGCUAGGCAGGCCUGAGCGAACAUAGGUUUAGCUGUCCACUAUAUGAGCUUAUUAAAAAGCUUGAUGGCUGAGAAUAGUAGAGGAAGAGUGGAAAUUUAGACCAAGUUCUCCCCUGAGAAAUCUUGGUAAACACAUUAGUCAAAACAGUAAUCUUCACCAUCUCUGCUGUACUAACCCUAUGUGCAUAAUGACCAGCCAGUGUUAAAAUUAGUUUUUAAUUUCUCUCUACAUUCAACUGUUCAUGUAAAGCACUUGGCAAAGCAUUUUACCUAUUAGGGGGAAAGAAAAAGAAAUGCAAUAAUAUGUUAAGUAUAUUAUUCAUAAAUACUAAACAAAUAUUUAGUUUGUAAGCAGAUUUCUAUAUUGUAUUACAUUUUUGAAAAUAGAUUUGGUACCAUUCUAAAGUUUAACUGUCAAAAAUCUUACAUUGUGAAGAGUAGUUAUGGAAUCUGCUUUUACUAAAGGAUAUAACUUAUUCAGGUUUAAGAUUCUGUUUAUUUUUAAGGGCAAGCAGGGCAUAUCUUUAUAAUAACUUCUGUUAAUUUUAAAAUUCACUUUAUUCAUGUGAUAUUUAUAGUACCAGAGUGAUUACUUCACAUCGAUGAAAUCUUAACUUUCUAGUGGCUGAAAAGAUGGGAAUUAUUUGUGGGUACUCAUUUAUCGAAACCUAUGUAACCAUGUUUCAGAUGAUCUCUGCUCUUUGUCUUUUAUAUGCAAAUUAUCUGACACCAACUAAAAGUAGUUCAUAAUUAUUAUGUUUUAACAGUCUAAGGGAUAUGGUUACUUCAGGCAGCUGCUUUUGCAGAUGUACUAAAUAAAGCAAAUGUUUUAUACCCCAGAAAUCCUCCAUUAGCAUCUCCAAGAAGAACCUCUUGGAAAUCUGGAUGGAAGAGUUCAGUGCAUAAUGUUGACUAAAUAGUUCUCUCUCUUUCCUUCUCCCUACCCCUCCUCCAUUGUUUAAUUGGAAUACACAGCAUGUUUAAUGGGCAGUGACUAUUGUUUCUGGGGAAAACCAUAUGUUAAAGGACCAGGGUUCCCUGAGCUCUUUGCCUGUGACUGACAUGUGAUCAGCUCUUGGGAUUCCCAUGACCCCAUUCUCUGGGCCUGGUAUAUAGAUCAUUGCUACAACUGUCUCACCUCUCCUCACACACAAUUUUGUGUUUGCUCAAAAUGUCAGAGACCAGUCUAGAAAUGAAAAAUAAAUUACUAAUGAUUAACUUUUCAGCAAAAUGUAUAUAUAAUAGGCUCUCAAACUUUAAAAAAAAAAAUCCAUAUCCAUAAAUACUUGAACCUUUUAAUACAGUUCCUAAAUUCCUGUCCACACAUAUUUCAUUGUCAUAACAGUCGCACUUGAUCAUAUGUACUCCUUGAAGAAGCAUUCUGUUGGUGAUGUAGAUGAUAAUUGACAGUUUUUCUUUAAAAUUUCUGCUUGUCUGCCUUUAGAAUUCUGUAUACAGGCAAAUUUUCUUUAAGGACCUGUGCUAAAUUUGCUUGAUUGAUAUACAGAUAUGCUUUAAUAGUUUGACACAGCUACCUUGUCAUUUCAUCUGUGCUUUGCUUAACUGGGCUCAAGGGACUCCUUUUAUAAUCAAAUGAAUUGACCUGGAAAUGAGCUACCAGGUCAUAGCUGAGCUAUUACCAGGGGAAUGUUUAUAUUCCCUUGCAGGUAAAGAGUUCCAUGUCGCAUAUGGUGAAUUCCUCUUUUGGUUCUUCACAGAGUAAAAUGUUGUUGCUAACUUAACAUUUGUAGAAGGAUAUUGGAAAAUUCUAGUCAGGUGCCUACCCUUGACAUAUUUAUGAUGGACAACUACAAAGCUAUUGUUCGACCAGUUAUUGCUUUAAUUACCUUCCAAGGUCUUCAAUGCCUGCUUUACUGAUGUCACUGAAAUUUUCAAAACCAAGACAUUCACUUCAUUUUGUGCCACAUGGUUGAAAUUUUUCUAUUAGCGAGUAGAAAAUAACCAUGAGAUAUGUAGACCGUAGUACAAAUGAUGGAACUGUUGAAAGUUCCUUAGGAAGCCAGUGCUGUGCCACUGGAAACUGUACACAGAAACAGGGAUUCUUCACGAGCACUGUAUGAUCUCAACCUAGAAAUGAGCCAAAGCUGUCUUCCAGCCAGAUAGAAGCAUAUACAUGUGUCUGAUUUUUCCCCUCAGCCUAUCGAAAAUUCAAUCAACAUUCACAAAAUGAAAAAAUCAUGAUUCAAAUAGUCAUUGAAAUGCUUUUAUAGUGCUUGAUUUGUAAAUAUUUUGGAUGAAAUAUAUUGGAAUAGUAUGAAAAUUAGCAGAUGUAGAUCCCUGCCUUAUUUUCAUAUGCAGUGGAUACAUCUCGAGCUUGCAGCACCCUUCUCAAAACUCAGCUGUCAUGUGGAGCUCAUUUGCUACUCAAACCGUAGAUAGAUAUUUAACAUAAGUGAUAUAAUGACCUUCAGUAUUUUUCUAUUGAACAAGUUUAUCAAUUUUUGCCAUUAAACAGAUAAUUAGUUAUGCAAAGUAUUUAGCUUUUAUAAUCAUUUUAGUUAUGAUUAAAAGGGGAGGAAUUGAGUUGUA